GGGUCCACUGAGAACAGCAUUUUCAAGAGCGCAGACAUUCAAGCAAAUGUUCAAGUACAUAGAGCCUAAAAAGCGUACCCCUGACAGUUACGAUUCUGCUGUUUGUGAUCUACAAACUGAAGACAUUCAGGACUAUAAAGGCAUAAAGAAAUGACUGACUCAGAAAGGACAUUUCUACACACCACCAUCACUGACAUCUUGCCUGACCUUCCAGAGGUGACCAAACAUAUUUUAGAAGAGACCUUGCAGUCUCUUGGUGUGGAGACAAGGGAUGACUUUAGGUUUAUUGAAGAAGCUGAUUUGCUGUCAGCAUUGAGGCCAGUUCAAGCCCGCAAAGUCCUUGCUGCUUUGAAACUGAGGUGUCAGACUCCUGAAAGCAGCAGCUCAUCUGGUGAUGCCUUGCCAGGACCUUCAACAAGUUUUUGUUCAUUUUCACCCCAAAGUUCACAAUCAACCUCUCCCAUCAGCUCCCAAAACCCUAAUAUAGACUGGAUGGACACCUUUCUGGUUCCAUGGGAUAAGUUACCAGAGGAACUGAUACAAAUAUUUGAAAGAGGAAACCGACCAAGUCCACGUAUGAGAAGAGAGAUGGUCCGGAUUGUGGUUCGGGAGAUGAUACAAAAAAAUCGUUGCCCAAGUACGAAGCUUUCUAAUGAAGUUGCCAAGAAGAUGGUAGCAAAAUAUCCUAAAUCUCUGCAAGACGUAAUUGAGGGAGAGGUGGUUGGGCUAGGGUACCACUCUUUGGCUAAGCAGUUGCAGUACAGGAUAGAAAAUGUAAAACGAUGUACAACCCCAAAAAUAAGGAAAAGAAAAUGUUGCUCUGAUGAGUGUGACACCGAUGAAAUCUCUCCAGAACAGAGGGCCGCAAUGCAAGAUACUUAUGGCUGCAUUAACUGGCAUUUAAAAUUCCUGCCCCUUGGAGAGACCGAAGAGAGCCAGCGAGAAAAGAAAGAACAACUGAAGAGGAUGUUUCUGCAAACUGAAACAAAUGCAGAGGAGGUCAAGCAUCUAAUGAAGUUGACUUUCUAUACACAGCGUAAACAAGUCAACCAAGGGGAAAAUAUGAAACAUCUCCUCAAAGAGUGGCCAUUUUGGUUCAGCGAGCUUGGCAUGACAGUCCACUUUAAGGAACUUACUGGAAUUGGGCUUAUAGAAACUUUCACACGGAAUGUGGUUCUGAAGGGGAAACGACUCUUGAACUACUUCAAUACUGUUGGUGUAAACAAGAACAAAAAGUUCCUACAGGCUGUAACGAACUUGAAAGUGAUCAGGGGAGAGCUGAGUGAUGGCUCUGAAGAUGUCAAAGAGAUGUUGCUGCUUUUGUUGUCUUACUUUAAUGAUAAGGAAGACACAAUGUUCUGUUAUGUGGAGGACACCUGCCUGCCAGAGGAAGUACCGAUGGGUCAAGUUCAUCUGACUCCCAGCCUUGUUGUAUGUGGUCGAUCGUGUUUUUCUGCGAAGCGGUUCAUGCUAUGUGUGGAUCAAAACAUUGUUCACAACAAUAUCCCCUCCUUCAUUUCCGCAGUGUGCUUGAUGUUUGGCAGCUAUUACUGCUUUAAUAUACACUACCCAUCACAGCUGGCAUCAACUCUUGAGUUUAUGCAGAGGUGUUUUUUAUCAAUCAACCCAGAGAAGGGCACUAAGGUGGAGAAGACAAACACAUCACGUCUCCAUGUAAACCCAAGAGUUCUGACCUUGAUUCAGGAACUUUCGGAUCAUGAGUGGCGUGAUGUCUAAAACUUUGAAUAUGGACUGAAGUCAAUAAGAUUUCUG